CUCCACCUGCAACCGCUUCGCUUCAGGAGCCUGAUCGAGAUGGUCCGCAGCACAUCGCCCGCGACGACGAUCUUUGUGUCAGGACCACUUCCCACGUAUCGAUGUGGACAUGAAAGGUUCAGUAGACUUUUUGCUUUAAAUGCAUGGUUAUUGUCAUGGUGUAAAGAACAGAAACUGCUCUUUGUUAAUAGUUGGAGUUUUUUCUGGGAGAGACCUAGGCUUUAUAGUGCUGAUGGCCUGCACCCCAGCAGAGUCGGUGUGGAACUCCUGUCAGACAACAUCUCCAGGACACUACGCUCCAUAUGACUAACACUAUAUUCUACCUCAUCCUCUUUACUGGGAUAAUGUUCGAGAUGCUUCGGCACUUCGCGUCUCAGCGUAUGACAUCAAACUACCGCGAGAUGCAGCCCUGCCUCGAUCUGCUUGCAGGAUGGAUCCCGCGAGAUUUCAUUCAGCAAUUCCCCUCCCCCACGCGGCACACCCUGGAUCGCGCCGGCGCCGUUACUCACUCACCGCUUUGCUGUCACUUUCGGGAGGAGGCGUUUGCCGUCAGUGUAUCCAAGGCACUUCACUUUCAGCCUGAGACCUUCAGUAUCAGAAAGGGAAGCCAUAUUUCAGAACAGAGACUACAACCAGCUUCAUCAGAAACAUGCCUCACUCGGAGACCAUUGACCUGGCUUGUCUUGGCCGACCGUUUCAGCUGGGAAUGCUGUAUGAUUGCAGAAAGGAUUCUCUCAUUCCAGGAAUAACUCUCUGGGACUCUGAUAUGCUGCAGAAGAAUAUUAAUGUACAUACACAGCCAAACACUGACUUCAAAAUCAUUGCUUCAGAUUCAAGUGAAGACAAAGCAGAAGCUUUGAAUGUCUCUGCAUCUCUUGAAGCCAGCUUUCUAUGUGGAUUAGUCAGUGUGAAAGGCUCAGCUGACUAUUUACAUGACAAGAAGAAGUCCAAAAAUCAGUCUCGAGUCACUUUACAGUAUCGGACAACCACACGUUUUGAGCAGUUAACUAUGGAGCAUCUUGGAGUAGGGAACGUAAAGCACAGCCAUGUAUUUAAAGAGGGUUCGGCCACACAUGUUGUUACGGCUCUACUGUAUGGAGCUCAGGCAUUCUUUAUCUUUGAUCGUGAGGUUUCAUCCAGUGAAAGCCAUCAAGACAUACAUGGCGACCUCCACGCAACAAUCAAAAAGAUUCCUACAAUAUCAAUUGAGGGCCAGGCAUCUUUGACCAUGAAAGAACUGGACAAAGACAAAAUAGACAAGUUCAGCUGCACUUUCCAUGGAGAUUUUGCUCUGGAAAAUAAUCCAGUUACUUACGUAGACGCCAUCAAGGUGUACUCAGAGCUGCCGAAACUGUUGGGGGGAAAAGGAGAGAAUGCUGUGCCCAUGACCGUGUGGCUUUAUCCUCUGAAAAAACUUGAUUCAGCAGCUGCUCAGUUGGUCAGGGAGAUCAGCGUUAGCCUGGUACGACGAGCACAACGGAUCAUGGAUGGACUGGAUGAUUGUGACAUUCGGUGUCAAGAUCUGAUGAGGGACAAUGUCGCCAUCCAGUUCCCUGAAAUCAAAGCCAAGCUCAAAAACUUUAAGGACCUCUGCUCAGAGUACAAAGUCAUUUUUCAGAAAUAUCUCUGCAGGCUUCUUCCAUCUAUAAGGGGUGGAGGAAAAGAAGAACAGGAGCUUUCAGAUUUUCUGAACAGAAAAGAAAUGUCCCCAUUUCAGGGUGUUCUGAUAAAUAAGUACCUAAAUGAGCGAGAGCGGGAGAUCACUGUGGUUGGAUCUUACCUCGACAUCAUGAAAGACAUCCCUGUUCUUUCAACCAGCAAUGACCUGGACAAGAUUGUCUUGAAAGCAUCCAAUGACUAUGUGGUAGCCUUUGCACUCUCCUCCUUAAAUGAAAAGGAACUCUACCUUUCAGACUUAAAGAAUUACCUUAAACAACAAACAAGUGACAAAGGGGAACAGCCAAGCUAUGACCAAAGCUCUACAGAAAGGGCAAAAGAAUGGUUUUCUUUGGAAGAUGUAACUGCACAGAACAGGGAAAACAUACAGGCCUUCGUAGAUUUCAAAGAAGCCAAUAAAGGAAGAAAGAACAUUGAAUUCUGCAUUGUAUCGAUCCCAGAUGAACUCAGCACUGCCUCUUCAAUUCGUGUUUAUGAACGAGCAAAACUCAUCAGCUCAGAGGACGAGCUUCCCUCAAAACCCCCAAUGCCCAAUUUCUUGUGCGCCGCGCAUGACUGCAUACAUCUGCAGAUCACGCCUCCUGACCACGGCGUUAGUUGUGUGACCUCGUACUGUAUUUCAUACAAGUCUGCAGAGAGCUCUGAAUGGACAGAGGUGUAUACUGACGGAAUUUCUGAUCAGGUCACUGUCAAGCAGCUACAGCCGCAUAAAGAAUACUGUUUUACCUGUAAGGCAGUGUGUCGUCCAGGUGUGAGUCUGGCAAGUGACAAAACUCAGUUCUUCAAGACCCUUCCAUGUGCUCCUCCAGGAGCACCCACAGUCAAAAGAGUAGAAUCUGAGUCUGCAACAUUAACUUGGGAUGUCCCUAAAUCUGUGGGCGAAGAUAUUAUGGUCACUGGAUACGUGUUGGAAUUCAGAGAACGACCAAAGGAUCAGGAAACCGAAAAGCCAUGGACAUCUGUGAAAUCUGCAAGCAGGGAUUACACUUUUCAGGGACUGAAAGCAAACACAGUCUACACAGCCAGAAUUUUUGCAAACUGUGGAAGUGAUGGAGUGAGUCUCCCCAGCCCUGAAACUGUGUUUUCUGCAUGUUCAAAGAGCAAAUCCUCAGACGAGGCUGGAAGUGGAUUGUUCCUGGUUCAAUCUUCACGCAUACAGAAGGGGAAUCCUUCAAUUUAUAAACUGACACUACGCAAAAAAAUGAAAGAGAAUGUAGAGUUUGAUCAGUAUGUCUUUGGAAAACAGGUGGAGGAUGUGAAAAACAAAGUCAUUCUUCUUGUAGGAGCGACAGGUGCAGGAAAAACCAUGCUCAUCAAUGUGAUGGCCAACUACAUACUGGGCGUAAAGUGGGAGGAAGCGUAUCGCUUCAAACUAAUCCACGAAGAGACUCAUCGCACACAGGCCGAGAGUCAGACAUCUAUCGUCUCAUCUUAUGAGCUGUACAGUCAGCCUGGCUUUAAAAUUCCCUACCCGCUCACAAUCAUAGAUACACCCGGCUUUGGUGAUACAAGAGGAAUCGAAUAUGAUAAACUGAUUACAAAGCAGCUGAAAAGCUUUCUUUGUAGCCCUUUGGGAAUCGAUCACAUUGAUGCCGUCUGCUUCGUCGUUCAGGCCUCUCUGGCUCGCCUGAGUGCCAAUCAGAGGUACAUCUUUGACUCAAUUCUGUCCAUUUUUGGCAAAGACAUCGGAGAGAACAUCAUGAUUAUGGUGACAUUUGCAGACAGUGAACAAAUCCCAGUCCUGGAAGCCAUCAAAGCAGCAGAUCUGCCCUGUCAGAAAAAUACAAAGGGAGAGCCCAUGCAUUUCAAGUUCAACAACACAGCUGUGUAUGCAGACAAGACCAUAAAAGAGCCUACAACCUCUGACAGUGAUUCAGAUGAAGAUGGUGAAGCCAAUGGUAAUAAACUGUACAACAUUGUCUGGACAUCGACUUUCAAACAGAUGAAGGCCUUUUUCAAGGCACUGGGCAAAUCUGAAAAUAAAGAUCUGACACUAACCAAAAAAGUCCUGGAAGAACGAGAGCGCCUCGAAAAAGCCAUGGCAGAUCUGACCCCUCAAAUCACUGCUGGCCUCACUAAACUGAGAGAAAUUAACACAAUUAAGGAACGUUUGAAAAAUGAGAGAAAUAGCAUAAAACAAAGUGAAGAUUUUGAGCAAGAAGUUGAGGUGAUAAUACCAAGAAGACACCCCAUAGAUAGUUUUGCCCUGAAUUGCAACUUAUGCUUAUUCACAUGCCACUCCACCUGCUUCCUCCCUGCAGAAGAUUCUGUGAAGACUUGCGCUGUGAUGGAUGAAUCUGGAUGCUGUGUUGUCUGCCCUAACUCCUGCUCUCACACUUUUCAUUUAAAGGAAAAGGCAAAGUGGACAUAUGAAAAGAAAAUAGAGAAAAAAACCAUUAACGAGCUGAAAGAAAACUUCAUGAAGGCACACGGAAGAAUUUUGCAAACACAGGAUUUGAUUGAUGUCCUUGAAAAGGACUUAACUUCAAUUCAGGCCAAACUGAGGAAGCUAAUCAAAAUGUCCUCUGAUUGCUUGAAUCAACUGAAUAAAAUUGCACUGAAGGCCAGCUCUCUCUCCACUGCAGAAUACCUUGAAAUCUUGAUCAAAACGCAGAAGGCGGAGAAACGUCCUGGAUUUGAAGAACGCAUUGUUGAACUCGAGAGGAUUAAAAAUGAAAUUCUUCUUCAGAAAAAAAUCACAGAAGGAGAUGAUCUGCUCACAGAGGAAGAGCCACCGCCAAUGAAAUCUGGAGACUGUGGAAAUUUGGUGUUCUUAACUUCAGUUUUUAAUCAUGACAGAGAUGAAAAUGACGACUGAUGAGUUAUAAAAUCACCAGAAAGAUUUUAAUUUUUCUUCUUUUUUUUGCUCAUAUAAUCACAUAGAGGUCUGUGUCUGGACUCAGUCAAGAGGCUGACCUUACUAUAUUCAGCUUUUUAAAACUGGCAAAUGGGAUUGUGGGAAUGUUAUUUUAUUUUCAGAUCUGGUGCAUGUCAUACUGCUGUUUAAUUGUGAAACAUUCCAUAAUUGAAAAGUGUCAAAAUGUUGGGGAAAAGUCUGUGAAAAUCAACAUCAAGCAAGAAAACGAACAAAGUUGUAGAUUGAUGAUGUCUAUAUUCGUAUAUUGGUUUAUCUAUAUGUGGUACUAUAGUUAAAGGGGUAAUAUGUGGUUAACAAUGAGUUAAAUGAUUGUGUGAUAACUAAUCAAAAAAUAAU